AUGUUUGUUUAUUUAUUUAAUGUUCUUUUGCAUGCAUACCAAAAAAACAUUAUUACUAGUAACAUUUCGAUGCGUCAGGUAUACCAACGAUCUUCGCAUGCGCUUUAUUCCAAAAAAAAACCAUCAGCCAUAUUGGUGUGUUGUAUCGCUGUCCUCAGUAAUUUCGAAGAUCGGUUGCGCAAUUUGUCUGGAGACAAUUGCAAUAAUAGCGGAGGUGGUGGAGGAAGUACGAGCUUAACUACUCCACGUUACCAACUAGCUGAACAUAGAUACGGGCGAGAAGAGAUGUUAAUUCUGUUCGACCGUAAUUGUAAACCUCCUGAACCAUUAACAAGUUUUUCGUCUCUAUACGUUGAAAAAACUCAACUUCCUUUGGCUCUUAUACAAAUGACAGAAGAUGAAACGCGGAUGUGGAAUGGAGGAAUAACUAAUACCGUUGGUCGAGGGAGAGGCGGAAGCGUCGAUCGCGGUGUGCGAGGAAGAAAUGGUAGAGGUAGCUUGUAUACCUCGCAUUAUUCCCGGGGCGUUGGUUUCGAUGAUUCAGGGGAUGGAGUUCGAAUUGACAGUCAACCAUUUCAAGCAAGAAAUCGCACGUUUGACCGAUCUCAAAGUGAACGUGGAUGGUCAGAAAGGAACGGAGCUACGGAACCAGGUGAAUGGAACGGUUCUACUAGCCCUAGAAAAGAAUUAAAUCGCGGGGCUAGUGGUGGUUCUCUAAUGGAAGGUAACUGGCGACGUCAUCGUGGGGGAGGAGAAGACGACGAUGGUUGGCGUAAAUGGGGUAGAAGCAGUUGGCGCGAAGGUGGAAGUAUGGAUAGAGAUAGAUUAGAUAGAAACGAGGAGGGGGAGGAGAGUCGAAACAGUGGUGGGAGAUGGGAACAUCGUGGAACCCAUAGAACCACCCACGAUUCGAGUCAUCACCCCCCUCCUCGUACCGCGCGUAUUUGGGAAUCAAAUCACCACGAUAACAAUCAUGACAACCUUCCUGAAUGGGCGACCGAGAAUCCCGGUGAAAGCGGUAGUUUCGAUGCAUCGGGUGCUUUCCAUGGCGGUAUGUAUUCAGACGACGACGAGGAUGGGGUGAUCAGUGCUGGUGGUAAUCAAGAAACUAGGACUCGACGCGUUUCCGAAGGGAGCGCUGCUAAUACGAGAUCUGGUAACAAACAUUUAGCUUAUACCUCGUCUCAGGCGCAAACGGCGAACCGUAAUCCUAAUAAUGGAACUAGUACAAUCACUAAAGAAAGAUCAAAGUCCUUGCACCUGCUCGAUAACAAAGACGAGCCCGUCGAGAAAGAGAAGAUAAGUAAUUCUCCUGUGAAACCGUCUGUCGCGACUACGGUUAAUACGCCAACGAAAACAUCGUCGUCAGUAUCGUUGGAAAUUUCGCAGAAUAAAAGUAACGUCGCGACGAGUACGGAGCAAAGUGACGUUAAGAAAAUUCCACCAAACGAUUCGGAAAAUAAUAAAUCUCCUGGUAAAACACAGACUAAAGUAGACGAAGCUGAAACAAAAACGGAUCCAAUGGCCACGGGAAAGAAACAAAUUCCUUUGCGAACAGAACCACAAAAGCCUAAGCAGAGCCUGUUCAAGCUAGCCUGUCAAAAGCUUAACUCAGAUAUUGAUAAUACUAAGAAGAAGACGGAGGACGAUUUUGAUAGAAUGAAGGAAGAAGCGGACGCGUUGGUAGCUAAAUUGAUGGCCGACGAGGAGAAUCAUAGGGAGAAAACUUCCAGUGUACCGACUUCUAUUGGUAACCAAUCAUCCACAGUUCCAUCUACGAAUGGACAGGAGAAAUGGUUUUACCGUGAUCCGCAGGGUGAAGUUCAGGGACCGUUCUUAGCGAGCGAAAUGGCGGAAUGGUGUAAAGCUGGUUACUUCACAGCAGGAUUAAUGGUAAGGAGAACCUGUGACGAGCGGUAUACUACUUUAGGAGACUUAAUGAAGAUGUGCGGUAGAAUACCGUUUACACCUGGUCCUCCUAUUCCUCCGCUAAAGUUAACCGAUCAGGUGAUACCACCUGUUCCUAACGCGGUACCAACUGGUAUAUCUGCAUUACCAAAAACCGGUAUCGAAGAUCCGCUUCUUUUACUUCAGUAUCAACAAAUGCGAUUGUUACAAAACCAACAGUUACUUCUUAGGCAAAUGCGAACGUCGGCAAUAGCGAAGCUUUCGCAGUCCGAGCAUUGGGCGACGUUGAGCCCCAUGGAACAGAAUCAGUUGAUAUUUCAGUAUGUUUUCCAAGACUCGGAAAUGUCGGAGGUGCCAAUCUCAACGAAUCCAUUCGUGUCUCAUCUACCGUCGCAGCCUUCGAAUCCUGUGAUGCAACUUUUCACUCAGAUGCAGCAGGCGAAAACGCAACCAGAGGCUCAUUUACCUUCGACUCCACGUUCAACGACACCGGCGCAUCCUCCAGCGAUGGAUCCUAUACAACAGCUUAUACAACAAAUGGGUGGCAUGCAGAACGUUUCGGGGAUCCAACAGUCGAACAUAAGCUCCGCGCCAUCAGCAACGCAAGAGGACAAUCCAAUCAAAUCUUUGUUACGCCAAUUGAACGUUAACACGAACGGUCACCCGCAAGCUGCUCAUAUAGAUACCGUAUGGCCCCAGCCACCGCCGCAAAUAAAUCCACAGUUUAAUGCACAAAAUUGGUUGGCGCAGGUUGGACCGAUACCGGCAGUACCUCCUGGCCAGUUACCAACAUCGUUAUGGGAUCUACAUACUAAAGAAAUAAAGACUGAGCAGCAAAUAUUGGAUGAACAAAAUCUUAGAUUACAAGAGGAUAGAAAGAAAGAGGAACUGAGGAAACAGGAGGAAUUACAGAGGCAGGCCGAAGAGGAGAGCGCGAAAAGGAAAAAGGAGGAGCAAGCGAAACAAGCGGAGGAAGCGAAACGGAAAGACGAGGAGAGGAAAAAGAAGGAAGAGGAGAAGAAACGGAAGGAUGAAGAAAAGCGUAAGCAGGAGGAGGAACGAAAGAAGAAAGAGGAGAAGAGGCGCAAGGAGGAGGAGAAGAAACGAGAGGAGAAGAGGAAGCAGGAAGAGGAGAUUCUAAGGAAAAAACAGGAGGAGGAGAAGAGGAAAAAGGAAGAGCUUAAAAAAUUGGAAGAGAAGCAGAAGAAGGAAGAAGAAAGGAGGAAAAAAUUAGAAGAGGAGCAAAGGAAGCAGGAAGAAGAAAGAAUGCGGAAAGAAGAAGAGGCGCGUAAGCAGGCAGAAGCUGAAGAACAAGCUCGACGAGCGGAACAAAGGCGACGAGAAGCAGAAGCGCUUCGUAAAUUACAAGAAAGGAGUAAAGCACCCUGGGCUCAAGCGCCUCGUGCACCUGCUGCUACCGCUGCACCUGCUGCGUCGCUUGCUGAAAUUCAGCGACUCGAACGAGAAAAGAAAGCAGAAGAACAACGAUUUCAACAAAUGAUGCAGCAACAGUUGGCUCAACAAAAAGCCACGGAAGCCGCUCAGGAAGCGUUGGCCACUGAUUCGUCUAAACGACUGCAAUUCAAAUGGGCCGAAAAGGCGACGUCUUCAACGAAACCUUUACAGGUGAAGAGUCUCGCACAAAUCCAACAGGAGGAACAGGAACGCAUCACCAAGGUAAAGCUGAAAUCAUGGAGCGGCAGCAUAGAAAUUGGUGUAACCGAAUGCGAUCCAGAGAUAAUAGAAUUGCCUGCCCGUGCUACCAAUCUGUGUCAAGGGACGUGGAUCAUGACCAAUUCUGGUAUAGUACACGACGGGGUAAGAACAGUAGAAACUUACGGAAUGAACCUGAACGCUUUGGAAGCAGGAAGUACUUUGGGAGUAAUGAGGACGUCUAACCACGAGCUAAUAUUUUACAUUAACGGUAUUUCCCAAGACGUGGCUGUAUCAAAUAUACCAGAACGCAUAUUUGCAGUGGUGGACAUGUACGGUGAUUGCGUACAAGUGACCAUAACAUACCCACAAAUAGCUGCUGCUUUAUGCAGCGAGCCGAAGGACGAGGUUGAAAUCAAUAACGAUUACGCUCUUGGAGAAGCAUCGAAUUCUUCGACAACCAAUCUAGUCGCUAAUUUAAAUGUUAAUUUAAACGUUAAUGUUAAUGUUAAUUUACCGAAAAACCCGAACCCUGCUGCUGUUAGAGAGGAUAGACUGAGGUUUCACGAAAGGGUUGGCUCGCUGGUUAAGUUGUCAAAUAAUGCGAGGACAGCGGAAAGGAGGAGACCCUUGGAUGAAUUUAAUAAUGGUGUGGUAAUGACCCAUAGACCGUUAAGGGAUAACGAAUUGUUCGAGGUACGAAUUGAUAGACUUCUGCAUAAAUGGUCAGGCAGCAUAGAAGUUGGAGUUACUAUGCACAGUCCCACGGCAUUAGAAUUUCCAGCGACAAUGACUAAUAUGCGAUCAGGCACCACAAUGAUGUCCGGGUGUGGGAUACUGGUGAACGGGAAGGGCACGUGCCGCGAAUACGGAGAAUUUAAUUUAGACGAAUUGAGAGAAGGUGAUAGAGUAGGAAUGAUUAGAAGAAGCAACGGAAAUCUUCAUUACUUGAUAAACGGGUUGGACCAAGGAAUCGCUGCUAAAGUACCCGCUGGUGUAUGGGGUGUUAUAGAUCUGUAUGGGAUGACGGUGAAAGUGACGAUCGUCGAUCGGGACGAAAGGGAAGAGCAAAACUUAGUCACUAGGAGAAACACCUUGCAUUUGCAAGGUUUAAAUGAAGACGAAGAAGAACCGCCAGACAGGCUCAUGUUUCAUUCCUGUUGCGGUACACACGUGGAAGUGAUCAACAAUGGUCGUACUGCUCAUAGGCCUAACGUGAUGGACGACUUCAACAACGGCGUUGUACUGACCUCGAGGCCACUGAAACCGAACGAAUUGUUCGAAGUGCGAUUAGACAAAAUUGUAACGAAAUGGGCAGGGUCGAUCGAGAUAGGUGUCACCACCCAUUCACCAACAGAGCUGGAGUUUCCUUUCACCAUGACAAACGUUAGAUCCGGCACAUGGAUGAUGACAGAAAACGGUGUGAUGCACAAUGGCACUACUAUAAUAGAUCAGUACGGACAGAAUCUAGAUCGAUUGCAAGUCGGUGAUCGCGUUGGUGUAAUGAGAAAGGACAACGCGACGUUACACUUUUACGUGAACGGCGCCGAUCAAGGAGCAGCGGCGAUGAACGUGCCCGAAAGAGUUUACGGCGUUAUAGAUCUUUACGGGCAGGCCGCGCAAGCGACCAUAGUCGACAAUACCGAUUUCUAUAGUCCAACUACGAAUAAUUCAAGUUUCAGCAAUACAACUUUAUAUAGUGAUUUGAGGUUCCAUCACAUACACGGUAAAAAUGCGAAAAUAAUAAACAAUGGAUUGACCGCCCUGAGGCCUAGAGCCUUAGGGGAAUUCAACGAGGCCAUCGUGAUAGCGAAUCGUCCAUUACGAGACGGUGAAAUGUUCGAAGUGACCAUCGAUAAGAUGGUCGACAGGUGGACCGGAGCGAUCGAAGCAGGUGUGACUCUUAUAAGGCCUGACGAGCUAGAAUUUCCAUCUACGAUGACCGACAUCGACCACGACACUUGGAUGUUAUCUGGAUCCAAUGUGAUGAGGGACGGUGUUACCUUAACGAAUAAUUAUGCCUGUGAUUUAGACAAACUAGUAGAAGGUAAUCGUAUCGGUAUGAUGCGAUGCUCGGACAGCAGUUUACAUUAUUAUCUAGAUGGAGUGGAUCAAGGGCCUGCAUGUACGGGCUUACCGCCGCACGUUUAUCCUGUGAUUGAUUUAUACGGUCAGUGUGUACAGGUGACAAUUGUACUACCAGAACGUAGGGAUCCAAUGACCCAACAGUAUUUACCAUCAGAGAACAGCACUAGUCAGCAGCCUACGUCUGUGAUCCAGCUUCAGGCUCAAACGGAAAUAAUGCAUAAGUUUCACGAGUCUGUAGGCUUAAGUAUUCAGUUGAACAGCGACAGAACGGUGGCGACUAGGUGUAGAGAAUACAGUAACGCUGUGUUGUUGAGCGAAACACCGUUAGAGAAUAAUGAAAUUUUCGAAAUUACCAUUCAAGAAGUUGCCAGGGAGUGGAGUGGAUGUUUGAAAAUAGGCGUUAUGAGCAAUGAAACUGGAAACUGGUUGACGUCUAUGAAUCUUGUACCUGGUAUCGGAUCCAUACCGCCUGACGCUUGGUACUUAACAGGUAACGAAGUAAGGCACAAUGGAUACGUUUUAUGCAUGAAUUAUUGCCCCAGCUUAGAAUGGUUGCGGGUCGGUGAUAAGAUUGGAAUGAAACGUACCCACGAGGGUAAUCUAAAGUUUUACAUAAACGGGGAAGACAUGGGUAUAGCGGCGUCGAAUAUACCUGAAAUGGUGUACAGUGUGGUCGAGCUUUUCGGUAGUACAGUGGCUGUAAAUAUAACUAGUAGCAAACAACAGAAUACCGCUGUGUCACCGAAUGCUAGUUUGAGAUUGCAGGACUCCUUGGAAUUGUUAUUAGAUCCUAUGCCGCCUGUUUUGCGAAACGAUGCUGGAAUGGAUACAUCAGCAGAUGUGUCUGAAGGGAAAUUAGUGAACGACGUAACGCUUACACCCACACAGACUACCCCUCACUUGGUUGGGGAAAGUGAUUGGAGUUACGAGUUUCAUGAGAACCAUGGUAGAAAUAUCCAAUUGGAAACGAAAACAAUUGCUCGUAGGGUUGCGAGUUAUAACCAAGGGGUGGUAAUGUCCAGUCGCCCGCUAAUAAAAGGCAAGCCAUUUUCAGUGAAAAUAGAAAAAUUGAACGAACGAUGGGUUUCUAAUAUUCUUUGCGGGGUAACUUGCAUUUCACCGGAGAAGGCUAACUUCCCUCUGACGGCCCUUGGUUUUAAAAAGCACUCGUGGAUCAUUUGCAGCGACUGGAUAUCUCAUAACGGUAUCAGAGUAAAAACAAAAUACGGAGCUGCUUUGGAAAAUCUUCAGUCUAACUCCAUAGUUGGUUUGUUCAUCGACGAAGAUAACAGAUUGCGAUUAAUCAUCAAUGGCGUUGAUCAAGGGGUAGCCGCAACGGACCUGCCCCCUUAUGUUUAUGCCGUAUUCGACCUCUACGGUCAGUGUGAACAAAUUUCAAUCGUGGGAAAUAAUGUGGAACCAUUUUCAUCCACUUCCAUCGAUAACACCGUGACGUCGGUGGAAUGUAUAAGAACGAAACUGGAGGAUGCGGAGAAUUCGAGAGAGAAAGCCGACUUAGAGUGUCACGAAAAGGAGAACGUUGUCGCUGCAACCUCCUCGGACUUAUCUUCUUCUACCUCGCCGAGUGUACCGAGCCAGUGCAGCUCGAACGUAAAGAACGACGACACCGUGGAGUACCAAGGAACCUGUAACAACGGGAGCGUGCAUUUAAUGAACAACAUCGAGAACAAAGCGAUGCCGAAUAACUCGGAUAGUAACAAUCUGGAAUCGAGCUCGGGCAUGAGCAACGACGCGACCUCGCGAACCGUGAAAAACAAGAAUUACGACAAUUCGAAUCAGCUGAACAACAGCGCGAUAUCGAACAGUCAGUCGGAGAAUUCGAAUAACAGAAACGAGUGUACAAAUGUAGAAAUAAAUAACGCGACUAAUAUUAAUAUUAAAAACGGCACGGCGAACAGCACCAGCAAUAUAACUAAUAUGAAUACAAAUGCUAACAAUGUGAUAAACGAAAGCAUAGCGUCCAAUAGUCAAGGGGUUAAUUUAAACGCUACGCAUCAGAACAAUGCGUCUAUUAAUAUGUUAAGCUCGUCCCAGAACACGCUUAGCAACGGUGCGUCUGAUAUGUCGAACACUGUCUCAUCUGGUUUCAAUGAGAUCCGUACGAACGUGGCCUGGAACAACACCGUGUCUGUGAAUAAUUCUAUCGGUGGUAACACAACUAUUUCCGGCCAGAAUACAGCCUCGAUUCAUAAUGCACCUUCGUUACAGCUACUCCAGAUAUCGUCGUUACCGUCCACUCCGCUCGCAACGAAUACUGUACCUUCGAAAAAGUGUGAAUACCUGAAGGCGUGCAUGAGGUUGAAGAAGUCGCUGGUUUUACCGGACGAAUUUUUCUCCCUAGACGACGUAUUGUGUUACUGUAGCGCUUGUUAUAAAGUAGAGGGGGACGGUGCGGUAUGCAAGAAAGGCGAACCACCGGCGGAGUUUGCUGUACCGAUAGGGUGGACCAGGUUUCCGUUGAGACAAAGUAUCAACGCCAAUCAAAUCCCCCAGGGUACGACGGACAAAUGGCACGUUGCUUUCUACGGUAUACGCCUCGACGCAAUCAGGCUAAUCCUGGACACAGGAGAACUCAUGACAAAGGAACAAUUAGACGUGAGUAAUUUGACGAUGAAUAUAAAGGCAGAGGAUCAAAAUCCCCAGGUGACAUUUUCCCCCAGUAUAAAGUACGCCGCAUCGGAGGAAUUCACUAGGAAAUAUCCAUACAUCGACACCCAGUCGAAUAAAAAAUUAAAUGCCUCAACUGCAUUUCAACUGUUAGUAAGGCCCGGUUCGUACACGAUUAGCCCCGGCGGUAAAGACGGCAAUGAUCCACAAUUCGAGUCCAGCAAAUGGUCUACCAAAGAAGCAGGAGCCACGGUGAUUAUGGCUCUCUUAAUUCAACUCGAUGGAUUUUAAUUUAUUACCACAGGAGAGUUGCGAGAGGACGUUUCCCCUUUGCGGCUCGCUAAGAGACGCGUAUUUCAUUUAAGGAUGAACGAAUGUACAUAAGCAUUAUAAUAGCGUAAUAUAAUUACCGUAAGAUAUUUUUUAAAAUGAAUUUUUUAUCUUCAAUUAUUCCGUCGAAUCUCCGCUCUGUAUAUUUACGUUCAAUUAUGUAUUAGGUUACUUCAGUGUAAAAUGGUAGCGAUCGUUUUGGUAGAGAUCCGUUCGUUGAAGAUUAUUCGUUCUCUUCGACUUAAUUUAGCAUGCAAUUGUUAAAGAGAAGAUAUUGUGAUAGGUGUAAUUUAUUGACCGUUGAUCAAACCAAUUUGUAAUAAUCAGUUCGUUCAAGUAUACAGUAGCAUGUAUAUCGAAUACAUAAAUCUAUAUGUAUUAUGUUAUACAUUUAAUGUAGCUACUGGCCUAGGUUUACAGCGUCGAGGAUUAUGUCGAACAGAUACGCACCGAAGGUUCGUUGCUACAUUAACGAAGCACAUUUUAAUCCUCGAGCUUUACUCUUAACGAAUACCAAAUCUUUAAGUAUUAGUAACGCAGGUAAAAAUCCCUUCUCUUUCUUUUUUAUUUUUUUUUAAUUUUUUUUUUUUUUUUUUUUUUUU